AUGAAAUACGUUGUUGUUUCUGGUGGUGUUAUUUCUGGUAUCGGAAAAGGUGUUUUAGCCUCAUCCACGGGUUUAUUGUUCAAAACUUUAGGUUUGAGGGUCACUUCCAUCAAGAUCGAUCCUUACAUGAACAUCGAUGCAGGAACUAUGUCUCCUUUAGAACAUGGUGAAUGUUUUGUGCUUAACGAUGGUGGUGAAGUCGAUUUGGACCUUGGUAAUUACGAAAGGUACUUGAACAUCACCUUGACUAAGGAUCAUAAUAUUACCACUGGUAAGAUAUACUCUCACGUCAUUGAAAGAGAAAGAAAGGGUGACUACUUGGGAAAGACCGUUCAGGUUGUCCCACACGUUACCGGUGCAAUUCAAGAUUGGAUUGAAAGAGUUUCUAAGAUCCCUGUUGAUGAUUCAGGAUUAGAACCUGAAGUUUGUAUCAUCGAACUCGGUGGUACCGUUGGUGACAUUGAAAGUGCUCCAUUCGUUGAAGCCUUAAGACAGUUCCAAUUCAGAGUCGGUUCUGACAACUUCGCUUUAAUUCACGUUUCUUUGGUCCCAGUGAUCCAUGGUGAACAAAAGACCAAGCCAACUCAAGCUGCCAUUAAGGAUUUGAGAUCUCUCGGAUUAACUCCUGAUAUGAUUGCCUGUAGAUGUCAAGAAUUGUUGGAAGUUGCAACAAUUGAAAAGAUUGGUAUGUUCUGUCACGUUGGUCCAAACCAAGUCAUUGCUGUUCAUGACGUUAAUACUACUUAUCAUGUCCCAUUGUUGUUGAAGGAGCAAAAGAUUAUGAAGUUCUUGUCUCAAAAGUUGAGACUUGACACCAUUGAAUUGACUGCUGAGUCCUUACAAAAGGGUGAACACUUGCUUACAAGAUGGAAGACUUUGACCGCAAAUUACGACAGAGCUUUUGAAACUGUAACUAUUGCUCUUGUUGGUAAGUACACCCAUUUAAAGGACUCAUACUUAUCGGUUAUCAAGUCUUUGGAACACUCUUCAAUGAAGUGUAACAGAAAAUUGAAGAUCGAAUGGGUUGAAUCAAGUGAUUUGGAAGAAGAGACCAAGACCUCUGAUUUACUGAAAUACCACAAGGCAUGGCACCAUGUUUGUCAAGCUGAUGGUAUUUUAGUGCCUGGUGGAUUUGGUAGCAGAGGUAUCGAAGGUAUGGUUGCAGCUGCUAAAUACGCUAGAGAAAGUAACAUUCCAUACUUAGGUGUCUGUUUAGGUUUACAAAUUGCAGUAAUUGAGUUUGUUAGAAACGUCAUUGGAAUCCCUGACUCCACUUCCAUGGAAUUUGAUCCUGCCCACUCUGAAGAAACUGCUUCUGUUGUAUACAUGCCUGAUGUUGAUCAAGUUAAAUUGGGUGGUACCAUGAGAUUAGGUAUUCACCAAACUAAAUUUGUCAAAGGCAGUGAAAAUGCUAAAUUAAGAAAGAUCUACGGCGGAUCUGAGUAUGUCAUGGAAAGACACAGACAUAGAUACGAAGUUAACCCUAAGUUGAUUUCUAAGAUCGAAGCCAAGGGUUUAAAAUUCAUUGGUAAGGAUGAAACGGAAACCAGAAUGGAAUUAUUGGAAUUAGAUGACCACAAGUUCUUCUGUGGUACUCAAUACCACCCAGAAUACAUUUCUAAGGUUUUGGAUCCAUCUAGACCAUUUUUAGGAUUAGUUGCAGCUGCAAGUGGAAUCCUCGACGACAUUUUAGCAAGGGAAGAUUUGAGUCACAAGGGUGACUUUUAA